AUGUCGUCGGCCCAAUCAGCUCUGCGCUACGUGGCUGCCGCCAAGACGUCGUCCCUCGGCACCCUCUACCUCCACUGCUACGUCAAGCCCGGCGCAGCAAAGGCCCGCGAGGGCGUCACAGGGCUUACGGAGGACGCCAUCGAGAUAUGCGUUGCAGCCCAGCCGCGAGAGGGGCAGGCCAACAAGGCUGUGCUGCGGCUGCUCAGCGAGGCAAGUCCAUCUGAAGUCGCUCAGUCGAGAGCUGCCAGGCACUUGACGCAACGUCUGACACGAGAUAGAUACUCGAGUUUCCAAGGUCAGACUUUCAGAUUAUCCAGGGUUCGAACAGCCGACACAAGACGGUUGCUCUGA